UGUGGCUGGGCUGGUGGCGGCGGUGGUGCAAAACCAUUCAAGGCUCGUCAUUUUGCUGAUUUAGUGGAUAACUCAGACGCUUCGGACACUUUACCUGAACAUUCCUGCCGCUGCACAGUGCAGGGCAGCAGCAGCAGCAGCAGGGGCGGCGGGUGGCUGAGAGUCGCCCGCACCCCUUCACCUCAGCACGGAAAGAGUGAAGCUUGAGUGUGGAAUAAGGACAAUUUGCCACCUCCACGCUUCCCCUCACGUCGCUGACAACCCCAGCAGAGGUCUCACAGACGACUGUGGUUCGGGCGUGGCGGGGUGCAGUGUGAGCGUGUGUGGGUGUGGGCGGCGCCUACUCCUCACCAUGGCCGUGAACGUCCUCAUGCCCCUUCUCAUCCCCCUCGGCGAGCAGAUCACUAACGUGACGCACUUGGCGGGACGGGGCAGCCUCAUCUUCUCUCAGCCACUUAUGGAGGUGUUUGUGCAAGAGAACACGGCGCCCGUCCUUCUGCUCACGCUUCAUGCUACCUCUAAUACCACAGCCAGCGACGUGGUGUACAGCGUGGUGAGCGGGGCUGCGGGGGGACUCUUCCACGCACACCCCCACACAGGCCACCUUACUCUGACAGCGCCUCUUGACUAUGAAGCGUACAAACAGUACGAUUUGGUGGUGGGCGGGCAGGCGGGGGAGGAGCGGGCCUUUGCGAGGGUUUUUGUGCGGGUGAAGGAUCAAAACGACCUCCCGCCGGCCUUCCCGCGUCCUGUGUUCGAGACGCAGAUCACGGAGGAGGACGACAGACAUCUGCCCAAAGCUAUCCUGCAGGUGAUAGCGGAGGACGGGGACAUCAGUGACGAGGGCAGACUGCUCUACUCUCUCUCCACGGACGACCACCACGCGCCCAUCAACACCACCUUCUCCAUCAGCCGCUCCUCAGGAUACAUACACCUCCUUCGGCCGCUGGACCGGGACGCACCGCUGGGCCGGGCGCGGUGGAGGCUGUGGGUAGCGGCGACGGAUGGCCUGCAUACUGCACGAGCGCAGGUCCACGUCAAUGUUAAAGACAUCAACGAUAACGCGCCCUUCUUCCCACACAACGUCAUUGAGGCCUCGGUGCUGGAAAACGCAGACGCCGGGACGGAGGUGGCACACGUGACGGCGACUGACCUGGAUGACCCCGAGGAAGGUGCCAACGCUGCCGUCACCUACUCCGUCGACAAAAAUGUGAUCGACGAACAGUCAGGUCGACCCAUCUUCUCCAUUGACAGCGCCACGGGCACGAUUCGGACUGCACUGUGUUGCCUCGACAGGGAACAGACGCCUUCCUUUGUCAUCCAGGUGGUGGCCUCCGACGGCGGUGGGCUCAAAGGCACAGGCACAGUGGUGGUGGCGCUGGGGGACGAGAACGACGUGUCCCCAAAGUUCAGCCGGCGGGAGUGGGUAGUGACGGUGCCAGAGUCAGUCACCCCAAACACCUCCCUCGCUCUGCUCUCCGUCCGUGACCUCGACACUACUAAUGACUUUGCCUUCAAGGUGGUGUCGGGUAGUGGCUACGGGUGGGAGAGGUUUGCGGUGGUGCCUGCCAUGAACCACAGCGGCGCCCUACAAACCCUCAACCCACUUGAUUACGAGGACCCCAGCCAGCGACGGGGCUUCAAGUUCAAGAUCCAAGUCUCUGAUCAGGGCGAGGCAGGGUGGCAGGAGGCGCGCCACAUGGACUCGGCAUGGGUGAGGGUGUUGCUGCUGGAUGACAACGACAACGCGCCUCGCUUCGCCACUAACCUGGUCAACCUCACCCUGCCAGAGGACACCCCGCUGGGCCACUCCCUCGCUUCCUUCACCGCCACAGACAUUGACCAGGAUGGUCUAGAAGAAAUUCAUUAUGCCAUAGAUCCCGCCAGUGAUCCUGGCAGACAGUUCGCAGUGGACAGCGAGGGCCGUGUAUGGCUGCGAAGGCUGCUGGACCGAGAGACGGCGGCCAGCCACGCGAUCCGGGUGUGGGCUGUGGACGGAGGCCAGCCAGCCCGCACCGCCACGGCGACGCUCCUGCUGCCUGUUCUAGACGUAAAUGACAAUCCACCACAUGUGGCCGGGCCUGCAGCCCUGCACGUGCCAGAAAAUAGCUGGCCCAGACACGUGGCUAACGUCACGCUGGGUGACGCAGACGACUGGACCCUCGGCCACGGCCCUCCUUUCACUGUUGUUCUGGACACCUCGACUCCUGCCAAAGUCAGAGAGGACUUCGCCGUUGACUUUGACAGCAGAGGGGACGAGGGGCGUGGCGUGGCAGUGGUGACGUCCUUGAGGCCGUUGGACCGAGAAGCAGAACCCACGCGACUGCUGCCCCUGGUGGUGGGGGACGCACGGGGUCUCACCGCCACUGUUACCAUCACCGUCACCGUCACCGACGUCAACGACAACCUCAUGAGUUCCGCAGCCAAGGUCAUCUCCGUCACGCGCAUCACAGGCCAAGUGGAGGGUGUGUCCCUAGGCAGAGUAUACGUAGCAGAUCCUGACGACUGGGACGCCGGCCAGAAGACAUGGGAGUGGCGGCGCCGCAUUGCACACCCGCUCUUCACUCUCGAUCCGCGGGACGGCCACCUCGCCCUUGCCCCGCACGCCAGCGACGGAUCGUACUUCCUCCAAUUUUGGGUGAGUGAUGCCACACACGGCCAGACGGAAAUCCCAGCCAACGUCACUGUUUACGUCACCAGCCUAAGUGAAGACGUGAUGCCCUGGGCAGUGCCCGUCACCCUAGCCACCCACUCCCCGGAGCAGCUACUUUCUCGUCAUCAGGGGAGCUCCAUCUCCCAGCUGGAAGCCCUUGUCGAUGCGGUGGAGUCCUUGGCUGAGUCAAAAGUGGUGGUGGUGAGCCUCGAGGAGCAGCGCAGUGCCACGGUUCCCACCCAUCGCACCUCCAGGGUGUGGCUUGCCGCGCGACCCCGUCAACCCCUCGACCAGCUGCUCCUUCUACACCGCCAUCAGAUCGCUGAGGAGAGUGGCGUGGUAAUGACGGAGGUCGGAGUGGGCGUGUGCCUGGCUCGCGCCGGGGCCUCAGGAGUGUGGGUAGUGGACGCCAACAGAACAGCCCUUGUCACCCCGCGAUUCCUCACCGUAGCCAGUGGAUGCAGCUGCCGCUCACGUCAGCCACAAAUUCUGCAACAACAAUACCAAGAGCACCGUGAGGAAGAGCAGCUGGCCAGCGUGAAGGGCCACCAGCCCAGUGUGGCUGCAGUCACUCGCCCCACCUCGUGCCAGCCAAGUCCCUGCCUUAACCACGGCCGCUGCAUCGCCAAGCCUCGCGGCCCCAGGUGUGUAUGUCCACAGGGCACCAGUGGAUCCAUCUGUAAGCAGCUGAGCCGACGUUUCGCGGGUGACGGGUGGGCAUGGGUGUCCCCGGUGCCCAGCUGCCCUAGCGUUCACAUCACCCUUGAGUUUCGUGCUCGCUGCUCGGAAUGCCUCCUCUUGUACGCCGGGCCUGCCCCCGCCUCGGCUCCCUCUCCUCACUUCGUGCAGGAAGACGUGCUGAGCGUGGAGCUGAGAGACGGGUGGCCACGGGUGAUGCUGGACUUGGGCACUAGUCCUGUCCUGCUCACAACCAGCAUGGGAUCUACUUCCCGCUCCCCAUCGCUUGCAGACGAUCGUUGGCACCGUCUUGAUAUCAUGUGGGGCAACGAGAGAGCGGAGAUGGUGGUUGACACCUGCAACGGUGGAGAGGGAUGCCACGUCGGGGCGGCCCUGGCAGCUGGUGUGGGCGGUCUAAAGGUGAUGGCGCCGCUGCAGGUCGGUGGAAUGGCCCAUGCUCCUCCCCGACAUCUGGACCACGGUUGGCCUGCCCCCAUCGCUUCCUCCGCCUUCCAUGGUUGUAUUAGAAACUUACGUGUCAACGGCGAGCUGCGUGACCUUGGUGAGGAGGUGCUGAGUGCUGGCAGCUGGCCGGGCUGUACUGGCUAUGACAUCUGCCCGUCCGCCGGACACCGGUGUUCAGACAACUCCAGGUGUGUGGAGGAGGUUGGGUGUGUGUGCAAUCUCGGCUGGACGGGCCCAUCCUGCAGUCAGCUUUCCAGUCCCGCCUCCUUCUCCCCAAACAGCUACAUCAAAAUGGCACUGUCAUCAUCACCACCCACAAGCACAACUACAUUGCAAUUACGUUUCCGCACGUGGGAAGCUUCAGGUCAACUUCUGGCUGUGACGUCCCACCAUGAGCGUGAUCAGAUGGUGAUUCACUUGGCUGCCGGCCACUUGUGUGUUCAGCUGACGUUGCACCCUCGUGCGAAGUCUCUGUUAUGUCUGUCCCGCUCACACCUCAGUGACGGCAGGUGGCACAGCGUCACGGCUAGCAGACACGGCGAGUGGCUGGAGCUGCUGGCAGACGAGGGUGACGGUCUGCUCUACAAUACCACCGCCACGCCUUCUUCCCUCUAUGGAUGGACGGCGCCCCUCCUGGUUGACCGGCACGAGGGAGUGCACGUGGGCGGUUCUCCUGAGUACGUGGGCGUCAGCCUCCAAGCUGUCCACAGUGACUUUCGCGAUGGAUGUUUGGAUGACCUGCGUGUGUCUGGGAUCAGUCUGCCUCUGCCACCUCGCGUCAACAUCACGCCCUUAGCCGAGGUCACCAUGUUUACCAAUGUACGUCCUUCUUGCCUCGCCCCUGCAGCCUGUGCCAACGUCACCUGCUCGGAGCCUCUUACCUGCGUCGACGUCUGGAGGAGGCACGAGUGUGGGUGUGGUGAAGGCGCGGCACUGGUUAGGGAAACGGGCACCUGCAGGGACGUGAACGAGUGCCUGUGGUCUCCGUGCUUCAACGGAGGCACUUGCAUCAACCACGAGCCAGGCUACAUGUGUCUUUGCCCCGAGCCUUUCACCGGUGAGCACUGCACUGUGUCGAUGACUAGAUACUCGGCCCUCACUCUCUCCUUCAGCGCACUCGUCCUCCUGCUGGUGUUCUCCUGCGUCAUUCUGGGCAUGGUGCUGGCUGUGUACAUGGUGUGUCAGCAGCGCAAAAGAAAAUUCCGCCAAGGCAGUCGUUGCAGCCGAUCACCAGAAGUGCCGGAGUGCCCUAAAGCUCAACAGGACAAGGAGUCCGGUACCACCGGGAACCAAGGAGGGGACGUCUCUACCACCAAGACCGUCACGGAAUUACAUCAUCCCACCCCCUCUACUAAUGAUACCGAGGAAAAGUCAAGCGGUAUGAAGGCAGCAAGGAAGAGUAAAUCAGGGGCUGGGGGUGAAGGGGGAUGUGGCUGCCCUCAUCUACCCUCGUUGGAUGAUCUCCGGUACUACGCCUACGAGGGGGACGGCAGCUCACCCGGCUCACUCUCCUCCUGUUGCUCUGGAGCUGACGGUGCUGAGGAAGCUAAGCUGAUCGGCGGCUUCCAGGACGUGGCCACGCUCCUCAACUGUCUGACAGGCCAGUCAGCAGGUCAGUCUCCAGGGCGACGCCAUUCCCACGUCUCCAAGCAACAGAAGGCCGAGGAAGUUCGGUCCACCCUUACGCCUUUCAAUAUAUCGUACAGCAAGGCCGAUGGUGCACAGACUUCCCCAUCUGAGGCCACCAAAGAGGGUCCCGACGACAACAACACAGCGCCAGUUAUCACUGACUAUGACACGGGCAUACAUGCAAGCCUCAUAUACAGGAAGUGUAACUCUCUCCCCAGGUCGAGGGCUCCGAAGAUAUUUGUAAACAAUUUGCAUAAUUUCAGCAGAAGUCCAGAAAGAAAUCUGAACUCGCUUCAGAAAAGCAAGACAAUUCCAACCCCUUGCGAAGCACAUGCCGCUCAGGGGUGCCAUACUGAACGUAAGUGCUGCAAGACUUCAUUGUCAUCUCCAUCCCGCGGCGGGGAUCUCUCACCAGCGCGAGCAGGCAUGGUGUGUCUGGCUUGUAGCGCCACCGCACACACAGGCCUCGAGUGCCAACACGGAGGGGGACCGAGGAGAAGUAAAUCUUUUUCCACAGUGUCUUAUAUCACUGCGGGCUUAAGUCCUGGAAGAGGAUGCCCAUGCCCCAUAGCUCGUUCUGCAGCAUGAGUCCCGUGCAGUACUGCACCCAGCAGAUCUAAAAGCUGUGCAGUAUCUGACCACCAAAAUAUAACUCUAACUUCCAGCUGCUCUUACACCACCAACACUACACCUGUAAUCUUCAGCAAAAAUACUAAGAACUAUGAGAGAGAUCUUUUUCUCUUGUGACGGAAUUUAUGGUUCAUGUCUUCCUGGGAUGAGGCGGUGACUCAUGGUGCCCCUCGCUCUUGUCUGGCCCUCAGGGGGCUUUUCUAAUUAAUAUUUUGGUUGUCUUAACGUAAAUAUAUAAGAUGUAUUUUAUAUGGUAGUGACACAUGAUUAAAUAUAUUAGUAUUUGAACUGAAAUUAUGUAAAUACGAAUAUAUUUUUUUCUACAUGAAAGACAAUUAAUGACUGGUCAAAGUACUAAUAGGUAAAUGCCGAAAGUAUUUUUUCACUUUCUUUUUACCGACAUAUCCAUAUUUUCUCAGACCUGAUGUUCAGAAUGCUAUAGAUUGCUUGUAUCUCGAAAUGAUGUGUAAAUAAAUCUACGAAGUAUUUUCAA